ACUGCACAGAGUACUUUUGAUAAAUCAAAAUGUCAGUUUAGCGCACAAUCUUCCCUUUAAAAUUAUUUGUGUAAAUAAUGUUUGUAGAAUGUUUACUUUGCAUAAUUGUAUAUUCAAGAGUAUGUUUGUCAACAUUAAGUGAACAAUUUGAGAAUUUUUCAAAUGUUACAAAUACAACUUUGCUUCCAAAUGCUGAGUUAGGAAUGUUUGUACCUCGUGUUAUUAAUGGUGUCCCUGCAAAAUUAGGAGAUGUCCCUUAUCAGGUAUCUCUGAAGGCUUUAAUAAGUCGGCGUAGAGGCGAAUACAAAACAUUUUGCGGAGCCACUAUAAUUACUGAAACUAAAUUAGUAUCUGCUGCCCAUUGCUUCGAAGAAAGCAAAAGAAGUAGCUGUCACAAAAUUUUGUUUCCUGGAACAACAAGCAGUAGUUAUUUUAAAAACAAAUACGCAGUAGCUGGUAACCUUAUGAACUUAGCAAAAUAUACGGCUGACGGACCCGACGGCCAGUGGAGGACAAUGAAAAGCGCAGUUUUUCCUAAGAAAUACCGUUUCCCGAGAGACGAUAUAGCAGUCGUUGUAUUAAAUUAUGGUUUUGUUUUUAAUAGCAAUAUUGGGCCUAUUCCUCCCGCCUCAAGAAAUAUGGACUAUAAAGGAAAAUGUUUAGUGUCGGGAUUCGGAAGAACAGGGCAUAGGAAGAAGGACAUAGCAGACAGACUUCUAUUGGCGCAUUUAGAGUUAAUACCAAGUAGUUUGUGUUCAAGAAUACAUCGCAGACGGAUGGACAAAUUAAUAUGUACGUCAACAAUGCUUGCAGAUGUCGGUAAGGGCGAUUCAGGAGGUCCCUUAGUAUGUGCAGGGUCUGGCGACCCAAACGAUCAAGGGAAAGGUGUUUUAGUCGGAGUGGUCAGUGGCCACAGCAGAGGCCGAAGUUCAUUCUUCACAAGGGUAUCAAGAUACUCCAAGUUCCUAAAAAGUGAAUCUAGUCCAAUAAUAAAUAAAAACGGCAUUGGACCGAUGCCAAUCUACUUACAUUUGUACAAUGCCAAAAAAUAUAUGGUCAUAUCAAUCAUUUUAAUAUAUGAAACAGUAUUCCCAUUUUAA